GUGUAUUCGCAAUUCAUGGCCACCGUUAUUCAAUCCACUCCCUCUCUCACUGCCACAACCACCAGCACCACCGCAACCGCCACUUCUUUUUACUCUUUCCCACACUCUCUUCUCUCUUCCUCUCCGCCCCAUAGCCCAAUUUUCCUCUUUCCCAAAACUCCACCACCACCACCACCAUUCUCUUCACUCUCCAACUUCAAGCUUCGCAAAACUCACCACCACCGACCCCGAUUCUCCACUUCCCCAACCCAACCACUUUCUUCAACACCAACCCUUUUGCCCUCUGAGUCUUCCCAUGGCUCUUCUUCAUCACCAAACGACGCACAAAACUCUCUCGUUGAUACCUUAUUUGAUUUGCUUCGCCUCUCAGCUCGCUACAGCGAUGCCCAGCUCGUGAACGCUGUCCACGCAUGCACUCUCAAGCUCCAAGAGCACACCCAUCUCGGCAAUGCUCUCAUUUCCGCAUAUCUCAAGCUGGGUCUUCUCUCUGAAGCUUACAAUGUUUUCCUCGGCCUUUCGUGCCCCAAUGUGGUGUCUUAUACGGCGUUGAUAUCUGGGUUUUCGAAGUCGAAUCGAGAACACGAGGCGGUGGAGCUUUUCUUUCGAAUGAGGGAUUCAGGUAUUGAGCCUAACGAGUAUACCUUUGUUGCAAUUUUGACUGCCUGCAUUCGGAUUUUGGAUUUACAACUGGGUUUACAAGUUCAUGCUAUGAUAAUUAAACCUGGGGUUUUGGAAGAUUCUGUUUUUGUUUCGAAUGCGCUUAUGGGGUUGUAUGGUAAAUGUGGGUGUUUCUUAUUUGUGCUCAAAUUGUUCGAUGAAAUGCUGCACAGAGACAUUGCGUCGUGGAAUACUGUUAUAUCGUGUAUGGUAAGUGAGUAUAUGUAUGAUAAGGCAUUUGAAUUGUUUCGUGAUAUGCAGAGAAAUGAUGGGCUUAGAGUUGACCAUUUUACAGUUUCUACCCUUUUGACUGCCUGUACUGGCAGUGCUUCUAUAAUGAAAGGCCAAGAAGUGCAUGCCCAUGCAAUAAAGGUAGGACUGGAGGCAAAUCUGAGUGUCAACAAUGCGCUUAUUGGGUUCUACACAAACUGUGGUGGGGGUGUGAAAGAUGUGACAGCUUUGUUUGAGAGGAUGCCCAUAAGAGAUAUGAUCACUUGGACGGAAGUGAUUACAGCAUAUAUGGACUUUGGUUUGGUGAAGUUGGCUGUGGAGGUAUUUGAUAAGAUGCCAGAAAGGAAUUCUUUUUCUUAUAAUGCUCUUUUGACAGGAUUAUGUCGAAAUGGCCAAGGGUCAAGGACACUGGAAUUAUUUAUAAAAAUGGUGGAGGAAGGUGUAGACUUGACAGAAUUCACUUUGACAAGUGUUCUUAGUGCUUGUGGAUUGCUCAUGGAUCGCAAAAUUAGUGAGCAGAUUCAUGGGUUCAUUCUCAAGAUUGGUUUUGGAUCAAAUGCUUGUAUUGAAGCAGCGCUGCUUGAUAUGUGUACAAAGUGUGGAAAGAUGGCAGAUGCUGAAAAGAUAUUCAGACGGUGGUCAUUUGACCAGGAUACCUCUGUGAUUUGGACAUCAAUGAUAUGUGGUUAUGCUCGAAAUGGGCAGCCAGAUGAGGCAAUUUCUCUAUUCAACAUUAGUCAAUCCGAAGGAACAAUGGUUGUGGAUGAAGUUGCAUCAACUUCAGUACUUGGUCUCUGUGGAAAUAUAGGAUUCCAUAACAUGGGAAAGCAAAUACAUUGCCACGCUCUCAAAUCUGGUUUUUUAUCUGAUUUAAUGGUUGGAAAUGCCUUGCUUACCAUGUACUCUAAGUGUUGGAACAUGGAUGAUGCAAUUAAGAUAUUCAAUAAUAUGCCUACACACAACACAGUUUCAUGGAAUGGUUUGCUUGCUGGCCAUCUUUUCCACAGACAGGGUGAUGAGGCCUUGGCCCUCUGGUCAAAAAUGAAGAAGAUAGGCACAAAACCAGACAAUGUUACCUUUGUUUUGACCAUUUCAGCUUACAGGCACACUAGCUCCAAUUUAGUUGAUGAUUGCCGUAGCCUGUUUUCAUCAUUGAAAAGCGUUUAUGACAUUGAGCCCUCUUCAGACCAUUAUGCAUCCUUGGUUGGAGUUUUGGGUUACUGGGGUCUACUGGAAGAAGCAGAGGAGAUGAUCAGUACAAUGCCUUUUGAGCCCCAUGUCUCUGUUUGGCGAGCCUUGCUUGAUAGUUGUAGAAUCCAUUUAAAUACAACCGUUGGACAACGGGUUGCAAAGCGCAUUCUUGCUCUCGAGCCGAAAGAUCCAUCCACCUACAUACUUGUAUCAAAUCUGUAUUCUGCAUCUGGGAGAUGGCAUUGCUCUGAAAUGGUUAGGGAGAAUAUGAGAGAUAUGGGCUUCCGGAAACACCCAGGUCGAAGUUGGAUCAUUUUUCAGAACAAGAUACAUUUUUUCUACGCAAGAGAUAAAUCCCAUCCCCAGACAAAAGACAUCUAUAGUGGAUUAGAAAUUCUGAUCUUAGAAUGUCUAAAAGCUGGGUAUGUGCCAGACACAAGCUUUGUUCUUCAUGAUGUAGAGGAGCAUCAAAAGAAGGAUUUCUUGUUCAAUCACAGUGCAAAACUAGCAGCAACUUAUGGGCUUCUGAUGAGCAGGCCAGGAAAACCUAUUCGGAUUGUGAAGAACAUCCUUCUUUGUGGGGACUGCCACACAUUCUUGAAGCAUGUUUCUGUUGUUACCAAGAGAGAAAUAUUUCUAAGAGAUUCUUCAGGGUUUCAUUGCUUUUCCAAUGGCCAGUGCUCAUGCAAAGAUUACUGGUGAUCCCCCUCAUCUUGUUUCUUACAACCUUUUAACUUCCAUUCUUAUUGUUGAGAAAUACCAAGCCAUUGUCAAAAAAUUGUAUAUAUAUGUGUAAUUUUCCAUAGAAGAAAUUCGGUAGAAAUAUUUGAGUAAA